CCUCAGCUGAUUGCUUGUGUGAAUAAACCUGGACUACCUGUAAUGAACUAAUGUGUAUUCAUCUUCAACAACUACCUGGAGUGUGGUACAUAGAAGAAACUGUUAUGGUUAAUGGAUCUGAUAUCUCAUGGGGACAAGACCGCAUUGACCAGAGAUUGUUACCACUUGACAACACUUACACACCAGCAGGUGAUGGACAAGGUAUUAAUGUUUACGUAUUGGACACAGGAAUAAAGUUGAGUAAUAAGUAUUUUGGUAACAGAGUUAAUUUGAUGUACGACUAUGAUUCUGUUAAACCACGUAAAAAGAUGUGUCACGAACACGGCACGCACGUAGCUGGUGUGGUCGGCAGUAACAUAUAUGGUGUAGCGAAAGGAGUUACAUUGAACUCAGUACGAAUCCUUAACUGUAACAAUGCAGGCACUUCAUCCAACAUAAUUGCUGGUAGGUAUUGA